AUGGGCGACUACUUUGCCAGGACAUCUAUCCUGUGGGCUCAGCUCACAGAGCACUUGAUCAAGGGACCACAUAUUACUCAAGCGUCCAUCAAGGCCCACGAACGCUGUAGAACAGAGAGCCACAUGUCCGAUUUUGCAGAGUUGGCCAGGAUUGACGUCAACAUAUCCAAGCUCAGGCGCAUAAGAGAUCUUAGUAUCAAAUUCUCGCGGGACGUUCAAGAAACAUGGCAGCCAGAAUGUGCCAUGAUGGAUCGCGAUUCUAUUCUUCUUCAAACCCCAAUCUCGCCCUUUUAUGACGACAGAAUGUCGUCUUCUUCCCUGGUGGAAAGUAGACCACUGGCGAGCGUCACCGACCCGUCCCUGCCCCUGUCCCAGUUUGCACCCCGGAAACUGCUGCCCGACAAGGGCCAGAUCCAUAUCGACCAUGGGCGUGGGCAUGUCAGUGCCGAUAUUUCUGGUUCAGAUGACUCAUCCGAUGGCGACGAAAAGUUCCAAGAUAUAGACAUGGACGCGCUUAGGCAACGAGGCAAGGGAAUAUAUUACUGCCCCAAGGGUCUCAAGUGCGACAAGGGCGGCGUUGACAAGGACGGUAAUCGUGUCGUUUUUGACAGGAAUUCGUCGUUUGCGCUGACUGGAUUGACAUGCGUGCAGACAGCACUGUAA